AUGGGUGGCUUCGUACCAUUCAUCAAGGCCUUGCCGCCUUGUAUAGGCAUUCAUGAUCCGGUAAAGGAAGAGGAUAACUGCGAGGUUUGCCACACGAGCAGAUUUCAAGAAGUUGACUUUGAUGGGGAGGAUAUCACCAAAGAGGAGGGCGUGGUCAGGGUGAGCUUCCAAUACAGCUAUCAUCAUUCAGCACAGCCACUGACCAUUCUCAAGGUGAAUGCAAAAGUCAAGAUAGUCAAGAGUAUACGUCCAGCGGGGAAGCACCAUUGGCUCAUUCUGCCCAGGGAGCAUAUUCGGGAUCUUGAACAACUUCAGGCCAAGGAUCUCAAUCUCCGUGAGCAUGAGCCCCUAAUACACCGGUCUGGAGCUCUUAUCGUUAACAGAGAGUUUCUGUUCAGUGCUCGAAAUGCGUUCAGUGAGGGACGAGCUCCUGAGAAGACACUGCAGCGCCACUGA